UUCGAUUUGUAUGUCCAUCAAACAGUUCAUCAAUUCCAAACAAUUGAUACAUUUACAGUAAACUUUUGAUAGUUCGAAGCUGGAAAAAUGCUGAGUCGAAGAUCUUUCACCCUGCUGCUCUUAAGCUUGGUGGCAUCCAUGUUCUUAAUCGUGGAUGUGAGUGGAGCACCAUCCGUGAAGAAGGAUGAAUAUGAGUCAGACCCAACGUUUAUUUCAGUAAAAGACCGAGUCAAAGCAUUCAACGAUCGCACAAAAUAUGACGAUCGGAUGGUGCCUCCAAGCAAGCUAGACUCACCAAAAAGCUUUGCCAAACCUAUUAUGAUGGGCCCAAAUACACAUGCCAUGAAAUCAGGAUCAAAAGUUCAGGAGGCAAAGUCUUAUAGCAAUUACUAUUCAGCGAAAAAAUCAUUUGGCGAACCUAAUAUGAUGGAUCCGACCUUACAAACCGCGUUAGAAAAAGCAAAAGCUAAGCAGGGUAUGACUAUAGCAGCUUUGAUUAAAGCACCAACAAUUCCGAAACAGACCAAACCUGCAGAACGACCUGGCGUAAACGCUAUGCACACAAUCGGAGAGCCAGCUCUGUGUAAAGCUGCUGGGACUGGUAAUACGGUAGAAGUUAAAAAACUCAUUAAUGAAGGAGCCAAUGUUAAUAUUGGAAAUGAAUUCAAAGUGACACCUCUUCACUAUGCUGCUGAGAAUGGUGACAUCGAUGUCGCUGAAGAGCUCAUCAAUAAUGGGGCCGACGUUAAUAUUGGAAAUAAUUUGCAAAUAACACCUCUUCACUAUGCUGCUAUGGAUGGUCACAUGGAGGUUGUUAAACUAUUCAUCCGUAAAGGAGCCAAAGUUAAUUAUGGAAAUCAUUUUCAUAUGACUGCUCUCCAUUAUGCUGCUAUGAAUGGUCACAAGGAUAUUGCUGAAUAUCUCAUCGCUAAAGGAGCCGACGUUCAUCUUCAAGAUGCUUUGAAACGGACACCUUUCCAAUUUGCUGUUCAGUAUGGUCACAAGGAGUUAGCUCAUUAUCUCUUUGGAAAAAUGUGAAUUGGCUGAAUAAUCGGAUGAUUUCCUUUCAUUCCCGUAUUCAAUUAUCUUAUAGAAUAUUGAUUUCAAUGCAUUUUUU